CUCCUUCAAUUCAACUUCAUCUCCCUCCUUUCACAUUUCAAACUUUCUCUCUCUCUAAAAGAAUCAAAUCUUUCUCCCUCCUACAAAUUCAACCCAAUUUUGAUGGAAAUUUCUUCAUUUCCCUUUGACGAUUUGUCUCAGUACUACCCAACACCUUACCCAGAACUCCCAGUAACAAUUGAUCAUCCUAAUUCCAACAAAAAGCGGCGGACCGUCGUCGUCUCCGAACCCGAAAACGACACUCACGAGAGUGUCGACCUGUUCUUGAAGAACACGGAUACCAGUACGAUCAAGGAACUCCUCGCCUCCGUCCUCAAUUUCGGCGGCGGAGACGACGGCGAGGAAGAGUUGACCGCCAUGAAUACUACCACAACAAUCAAUAAUUACCAACAAGCUGUUGUUGAAGUGCCACCACCAGCAGAAUUGGAAGUAGUAGCUUCUCAGCCGUCGUCUAAGCAGCAGCGGAACAACAAACGCAAUCGGAAUGCAUUUACCUCCGCCUUGGUUCCGGCGGCGCCGGUGUCUAACCACCGAAGGAUGUGGGUGGUGGACCGAUCAAAGGACUGGUGGGAGAAAUGUAGCCACCCAGAUUACCCAGACGAAGAAUUCAAAAAAUCGUUUCGUAUGAGCAAGGCUACAUUCGAAAUGCUGUGCGAAGAGUUGGACCCACUUGUCACUAAAAAGAACACCAUGUUACGGGCGGCGAUCCCCGUCCGCCAACGCGUCGCCGUCUGUAUCUGGAGGCUAGCCACCGGCGAACCGCUUCGAGAGGUGUCGAAGCGGUUCGGGCUAGGGAUCUCCACCUGCCACAAACUCGUACUCGAAGUCUGCACCGCCAUAAAAACCUCCUUGAUGGGGCGGUUCCUCCAGUGGCCGGAUGACGCUAGGUUGACGACGAUCAAGGGAGAAUUCGAGAAAAUGUCCGGAAUCCCGAACGUCGUGGGUUCCAUGUACACCACCCACAUUCCCGUCAUAGCGCCGAAAGCAAACGUCGGCGCUUACUACAACCGCCGCCACACUGAGCGCAACCAGAAAACAAGCUACACCGUAACCGUACAAGGCGUUGUUGACCCGUGUGGGGUUUUAACCGACGUUUGUAUCGGGUGGCCCGGUUCGUUUUCCGACGAGAAAGUCCUCGAAAAAUCGGCCUUAUCCCAACGGGCCAAUACCGGGUCAAUGACCCAAAUGUCCAUAAUCGGAAACUCGAAUUACCCAUUAAUGGACUGGUGUUUGGUACCGUACAGUCACCAAAAUCUGACGUGGACUCAACAUGCUUUUAACGAGAAAAUUGGGGAUGUUCAAAAGGUGGCAAAAGAUUCAUUCUAUAGGUUGAAGAAAAGAUGGGGUUGUUUGCAAAAGAGAACGGAAGUUAAGUUACAAGAGUUGCCAGUUGUGUUAGGUGCUUGUUGUGUGUUGCAUAAUAUAUGUGAAAUGAGGAAAGAAGAGAUCGUUAACGAACCCGACAACUCGUUCGAGCUUUUCGACGACGAGGUGUUGCCGGAAAAUGUUGUCAGAUCGGUGACGGCGGUUCAAGCUAGAGAUCACAUUGCUCAUAAGUUGUUGCAUCAUGGACUUGGUGGUACCUCUUUUCUAUAGCUUUUUUUCAAUAAGCUAGUUUUUGAGGGGGGGGGGGUUUUAUUUGUUUUUUCUUCCUAUAGUAAUUUGGGCUUUUUACGAAGUCUUUAUUUAUUUAUUUUAGUCAUACACAGUUUUUAUGGGAACAUAUAGUAAUGGAUAUAAGUAGAAAAUAUUGAUGUAAGGAAAUUGGGUGCUGUAAACUGAUUUCUGUUGCAUUGAAUAAAAACUUACAAAUGUUACAACA